AUGUCUAUCGAAGUCACUCCGUCCAAGCAGGCCGCUGCUGCUCUCGACUCCUUCAAGAUGGAGUCUCCUGUCAAGAAGCUCAACUUCAACCCCGCCGACAAGGAGAACCAGCCCCUCACAUCCGACGUUACCACCGCAACCGAGAACACCGAAGUUCAGACAAAGCCCACACAAGAAGUUAUCAAGAACGAGAACAAGAUUGUCAUCGCUCCCGGCAUCAAGGAGCAGGAGAAGGAUGAGCCUCUCCUCCAGGAGAACGGCCAGCGCUUCGUCCUCUUCCCCAUCAAGUACCAUGAGAUCUGGCAAAUGUACAAGAAGGCCGAGGCUUCCUUCUGGACCGCUGAGGAAAUUGAUCUCUCCAAGGAUCUCCACGACUGGAACAACAAGAUCAAUGAUGAUGAGAAGUACUUCAUCUCUCACAUUCUUGCCUUCUUCGCCGCAUCGGACGGCAUAGUCAACGAGAACCUCGUUGAGCGUUUCUCCGGCGAGGUCCAGGUCCCCGAGGCUCGUUGCUUCUACGGCUUCCAGAUCAUGAUGGAGAACAUCCACUCUGAGACCUACUCCCUCCUCAUCGACACCUACAUCAAGGAGCCUGCGCAGCGCACGUACCUCUUCAACGCUAUUGACACCAUCCCUGCCAUUCGCAAGAAGGCUGACUGGGCCCUGAAGUGGAUCAGCGAUGAGAACUCCUCCUUCGCUCAGCGUCUGGUUGCUUUCGCCGCUGUCGAGGGUAUCUUCUUCAGCGGUGCCUUUGCCUCCAUCUUCUGGCUCAAGAAGCGUGGCCUCAUGCCCGGUCUGACCUUCUCCAACGAGCUUAUCUCCCGUGACGAGGGCCUGCACACCGACUUUGCCUGCCUCUUGUACUCUCACCUCAAGCACCGCCCCAACAAGCAGGUCAUUGAGGACAUCAUUGUCGAUGCCGUCAAGAUUGAGCAGGAGUUCCUCACUGAGGCUCUGCCCUGCGCUCUUCUCGGCAUGAACUCCAACUUGAUGAAGCAGUACAUUGAGUUCGUGGCUGAUCGCCUCCUGGUCGCCCUUGGCAACGACAAGGUGUACAAGUCUUCCAACCCCUUCGACUUCAUGGAGAACAUCUCCCUUGGUGGCAAGACCAACUUCUUCGAGAAGCGUGUAGCCGAUUACCAGAAGGCUGGUGUGCUCAACAGCACCAAGAAGGCACAAGAAGAGACCAAGGUUGAGGGAGAGAAUGGCGGAGACUUCGCUUUCGAUGAGGACUUCUAA